AUGCAUUGCCAGUCUGGUUGUAUUCAUUGCUUACUGUGCCGGGGCCUUGUCUGCGUGUACACCUACGGUGCGGGCCAGAGCUACACAGAUCCAAAAGAGGCUGAAUCGAAGGCCAGACAGUAUCUCCAGGCUAGAUAUGCUGACCCGCUAUUACAUGGCCUGACUUUGUUGUUGGCCCGACUUUCAUUGCUGUUGUCCUGCCGACGAAUGUUUCCAAUCCCAAAUCUCCGCUUUCGCGUUGACACAUUCAUAUUUUUGUCUGCGGUCCUCUGGUUCUUCAAGACAAUCCCCCAGGUUUUGAUCUGCAUCCCACCGCAGUACUUUUGGAACAGGUCUAUCCUUGGCGGCUGCUCUUCAUCACAGCUGCAAUUCUGGACUUUUGGAGUCUUCGAUCUAGUGCUCGAUGCGGCGCUGCUGUUUUUGUUGGUUCCUAGAUAUAUUCUACUGCGGCUUGGCGGGAUGAGAGUACAGUUGACACUAGUGCUAAUCUUCGGAUCGAUCGGUAUCUCUGCUAAUGCAGAUAGUGUCAUCAUGAGCGGUGUAGUUCGUGUUGUAUAUGGAUGCGAGACGGGUGACUUUCUUGGCGAUUACGGCCAUGUUAUUCAAUGGUCCGUCAUGCAGCUCGGCUUUGCUGUUAUGUGCGCCUGCAUGCCUUGUUUCCUUCCCGGAUUGCCAGUCAACGAAGUGAAUGGUGGCGACAGGCUUGUGUGGCUUGUAUUUAGACUCCCGGAGCAACCUAGUGUUGUCAGAAUGCCAAGACGGUCUGCUCACUUGGAUCAUCUUGCGCCGAGAGCCAAGGAGGAGAGGGUUAUGGAUAAUACGGUUGAAUCAUCACAAGUCACAAUUGACGACAGUGUUGUUGUUUAA